UCCUUCUUUAACUGAGGGGUACCAACAAUUUUGUCCACGUGUGUAUUUGCAAGCAGGUGGAGGUCCAGGACUAAGGGUAGAAGAGAGAGCCGUCAGUAAGAGCAGGGUUCUAGGGAGCUAGGCGCAACAAUGAUCAGAAUACUGACGAGUGCUAUAAGACAGUCCGGCGAAGUGUCGUGAACCACUUUUAUGCAGAGGUGAGUGGUGAUGGCUGAUCAUGGCGACGUAACCACAAAACACCAUUGGUUGAGGAUGUCAGUAACCGAGGAGCUGGUGUAGUCAGAUUUCCAGUGUAUCAGGCCAGAUUAAUCCCCCCGUCCAAAGCAUACCCUGGGGUAUAAACCGGCCUAGGUCAAAGUAGACCCUAAGGUAUACUCUGGCCUAGGCCAGUUUGUACCAGUUGAUACAUAAAGAUUAAGCACGUUAAGCUCUGAAUUGUUAAGUUAUUUAGGGUUGGGUUUUUUUUUUUUUUUUUUUUCUUUUACAAAGAGGUAAGCUCAGUAAGCAAAUCAUUAUGAAAUGACAAAUAGAAUGGUCUACAGCUAACUGAAAUUGAAAAAAAGUUAAAAUCAAAGGAAAAACUGAAUUGCAUACGAAGAUAAAAUCAUGCUGUAAGCAAAACAUUAUCAAAGAAGAUUAACACUGGCUGUUGUUAAUAUCAGUUGUCACCAUAUAACUGAUUUCAGUACAAUAUCUAUUUAUAUUACCUUUGUAUUGUGUGUAAAUUUAGAAAGGCUUGAUUUCUGCUUAAAUAAACCAUUACAUCAGUACAAUAUCUCAUAAGAUUUUUCGCCUAAAAUGUUUGAUGCAAUUUGACCGAUUUGUGCUUAAAUUAAGAUAAAAUUCAUCUGACUGAUGUCAUCUCAUAUUACAUGGGAGGUAUUUUAGCCUGGAAUGGUAUAUUCUGGGCUAGGCUAUUUCAGCCCCCGGGGUAUACUUAGACCGGAGGUUUAAUGUGGCCUGUUACACCGGCGUGAAAAUUUGAAAGAACUGCAGUAAAAGCUGCAGUAAUGUUCUGUUUGUGUCUAUUCAGACCAGUUGUGCACUAACUGCUGUCUGGUGUUUGUGUGUGCAGAAUCACCUGCUGAUGCUUGUUUUCCUUCAUGCUGUUCUGUAAUGUGAUCCCAGCUCUGACUGUUGAGGGCUGGUUUUAGUCCAUUAAACAUCACCGAGGCCUCCUGGUGUGGUGAUCACCAGGAGGCAUCAAUGAUGUAGGUGGUACGGUUAGACUUUGGGAAAGGAAUUUUUUGGGGUUAGCGUGAAUUUUUGCAAUGACCAAUCUUCAGUUUCUAGGGUUAGGGUUACUAUUGCAACAACACAGCAUCAGUAGGGUAAACCUAACCUUUCUCAUGACUGUGUACACCCAGCUCAUAUUCCCUACUCGUGGUGAAUUCUGCUUCACAAUGACAGGAAGAGCCGACAUCAAAGGACGUCGCUAUGAAUGGUUGGCCGCCACAAGCCAGGAAUCUCUGUGGUAACUUUUCUGACACCUCCUGCUUAAAACCCAAAACGUCAGAAGGAUCGUUUUCAUCCGGACAAAUGAUCAGAUCGAGUUUUUGCACUUCUUUUCCACGGGAGGCCUUAGGACACCUGUGUUCCCAUUUGACAGGUGUACCGCCCCAGUCAAACUCCCCACCUGCUACAUUUGGUUAUCCGGGGUUUGUCCAUGACACUGCCCGUUUCUUUAAACUUUUUAACCACUUUUCGCCAACGUAGUGAAGCCAAGUGGAAUCAUCCUUGGAUGACGUGCUUUAAAUUUAUCCGCUGUCUUUCAAUAUGUCCAUCCUUCACGUCCGCUGAGAAGUACCAGUUCUUCUCUUUCUUCUUUCGAUAAAGCCAUAUUUAAUCUGUGGAGGCAAGAAAUAUUGCUAAUGAUAUUUUCUACCCUGUAGAUUGCAGUUUUUUAAAAAAAAUUGGUAAAAUAAAUAAUCAAAGAAAAGAACAUUUUAUGAUGUUUCUAUGGAGGCGCAGGACUUUAUAUUGCAGUGAAACAUGAGCCCACAGUGAGGAAAAUGGGACAAGAAAUGCUCAGAAACUGCUUUUGAUUGAGAGGGUUGAAAGAAAAUACACAAAUGUGGGAAUUUUAGUGCCAUUUUUAACAUAACCGUCCCACAAUUAGUGAAAAAAGCACCUAAAUUUGUGUUUUCUUGUUGCCCCUGCCGUCCUCCACCUCCCUUCACUCCCUCUCUCCUCGGCGACAGACUCCCAAGAGCUCAGUCUUCUGUCAGGGGCCAUAUGGUCCAUCAGAGCUGCAGAGGGAGGGCAGCCGGAGCUCAAGGUGUCAGUAGGGAGGCUGGUUUAAAUUUAACUGCAACAGGGCUGAUAUCUGCAUGGCAGGUCCUGUCUCCCCCCUCUGCUGUCUCAGUCUGUUCACAGCCACCAGCCUCAGACAUCAUCACACAGCAGCAGCAGCAGCAGCAGCAGCUCUACCAGGAGACGCUGCUCCUUCUCCUCUUUUCUCUCAUCACACCACCUGGAUUGUGCAAGAGGUCGGCCGAGGACGCGACGGAAGGCAGACAGAAGAUACCGUCGCCGAAGGAGAUCAAACGAUUCACACUGAGGAUAACAGCUGAUGUGAGCCGGCAGGGCUGAAGGCACAGCCAGUGGCACUGCAGAGGCACAACAGCACAGUGGGCUGAAGCUCUGCUGCGAGAGGUUGGAAACAUGCGAUCCCGCAGCAACAGUCUGGAGGAUGUCGCUAAGGUCAAGCGGCCUGCAGACGCUCGCAAGCGAUCUGCAGAGCGAGAGGAGCCCUCGGGUCGGGCAGAGCGUCGGAGUCGACACCGGGAGCCUCCAGACGACACCGGAACCGUUCAGCGGAACCACAACACCACCAAGAACAGCACCGCUGGGAGUGGAGGUGGAGCUGCGAAAGCCGGCCGGAGGGAAAAGGGCAGGGACCUCUCCAGAGACGACCUGGUCUUUCUACUGAGCCUGCUGGAAGGAGAGUUACAGGCCAGAGACGAGGUGAUCACAGUGCUGAAAGCAGAGAAAAUCGACUUGGCCCUGCUGGAGGCCAAAUAUGGUUUCGUUACCCCACAGAAAGUCCUGCAGGCUCUGCAGAGAGACGCCAUCCAGGGCAAGGCCGACGUCUUCCAGGAAGACAUCUAUGAGAAGCCCAUGGUCGAGCUGGAUAAGCUGGUGGAGAAGCAGAGGGAGACGCACCGGCGGAUGCUGGAGCAGCUGCUGAUGGUGGAGCAGUCGCACAAACAGGCUUUAUACAAGCUGGAGGACGAGAAGAGGAACCACGGAGAGUUCAUGAAGAAGAGCGACGAGUUCACCAACCUGCUGGAGCAGGAGAGAGAAAGGUUGAAGCUGUUGAUUGAUCAGGAAAAGGCCUACCAAGAACGGAAGGACGAAGAGAACAACAAAAAGGUGGAAAUUCUGAAGGAGGAGCUGACAAAACUAAAGUCAUUUGCGUUGAUGGUUGUGGAUGAACAGCAGCGUCUCACCGAGCAGCUGAACCAACAAACAGCGAAGGUCCAAGAACUGAGCGCCAGUUCUUCACAAGCCAAGGAGGAGCUGAGCUCAGCUAAUGCUCGUCUGCAGGAAGAGGAGCGAAAGGUCUUUCGAUUGGAGGCUGAGCUGCGUGAUCAAACCGGUCGAUACCAUCAGGAACAAGACACCAUGACAGCCAAACUGACCAGCGAGGAUGCCCAAAACCGGCAGCUCAGGCAGAAGCUUUCGGCUCUCAGCAGGCAGCUUGAUGAGCUGGAGGAAACCAACAAAACUCUACGUCGGGCUGAGGAGGAGCUGCAGGAGCUGAGAGACAAAAUCAGCCGCGGAGAGUGUGGAAACUCCAGCCUCAUGUCGGAGCUGGAAGAGUUACGAAAACGAGUGCUUGAAAUGGAGGGAAAAGACGAAGAGUUGAUCAGAAUGGAGGACCAGUGCAGGGACCUCAACAAGAAACUCGAGAAGGAGGCCAACCAGAGCCGCUGUCUGAAAGCUGAAGUUGACAAACUGAAUCACAGAAUUAUAGACUUAGAAAAGCUGGAGGAUGCGUUCAGCAAGAGCAAGCAGGAGUGUGGCUCACUCAAAACUAACCUGGAAAAGGAGAGGACGGUGUCAAAGGUUCUGACAAGUGAGUUGGAAGUCUUGAAAGUCAGAGUGAAGGAACUGGAGGCUGCUGAAAGCCAGCUGGGAAAGACGGAGCUGAUGCUGAAGGAAGAUCUGACCAAGUUAAAGACUCUGACUGUCAUGUUGGUGGACGAAAGGAAGGCAAUGGCGGAGAAGCUGAAGCAAAUGGAGAACAAGGUCCAGAACAGCACAGGAAAACUUCAGGCCGAGCAGGACAAAGUUACGUCAGUCACAGAGAAGCUGAUUGAAGAAAGCAAGAAAGCUCUGAGGUCAAAGGCUGAGCUGGAGGAGAAAAUGUGCAGCGCGACAAAGGAAAGGGACGACUUGAAGGCCAUGCUGAGAGCCGAGGAGGAGAAGAGUAAUGAUUUGGAGUCAAAGAUCAAUAUGAUGAAGAAAAGGCUGCAAUCACUGGAGACAAUUGAGAGAGAACACCUGAGAAACAAAGCCAAAGAGGAGCACAUUAAAGCACCUAUUGCUAACCGCUUCCAACAGGAAGACAACAAAGUCAAGGAUCUGACGCAGGAAGUCGAACGCCUCCGACGCAAAUUAAAGGACAUGAAAGUGGUGGAAGGUGAUUCAUUAAAAACAGAGGAGUUCGAGUCACUGGAGAAAAGGUUCACUAAUGAACAAGAGAAAGCUAAAGCCUUGAUGGAGGAGCUGGACAUAUCCAGAAAAGAGCUUUCAAAGUACCAACUGGCUGAAAAGAAGGAGUGCAACCAGGAGCAUGUUCUUUAUAAACGCCUGAAGGACGAAGAGGCAAAGUCUAGUCAUCUGACCCGAGAGGUAGCAGCACUGAAAGAGAAGAUUCAUGAAUACAUGGGCACCGAAGAGUCAAUCUGCCGCAUGAAAACUGACCACUCUACUCUGCAGAGGAAGCUGACCCAGCAGGAGGUCCGGAACAAAGAACUGGCCAGAGAAAUGGAGACGCUCACUCGAGAGUUAGAAAGAUACCGACGGUUCAGUAAAAGUCUGCGUCCAGGCAUGAACGGACGACGCUUCUCAGACCUGCAUGUUUCCACCAAGGAGGUUCAGACAGAUCCUCUUGACCUCAUGACUCCAAACUGUAAGACGAUGGCGCCGCUGGAGAGAGCCGUGGUCAACGGGAAGCUGUACGACGAGAGCGAGCCCGAAGAGAACGCAAACUACAGCAAUGAGCUGCAGCUCACCAAAUGCAGCCCCUCACUCAUCAAUAACGUUAACAAUCUGAACAACAACCUGAGAAGAGCUCGAGGCCCCUUCCUCAAAAACAAAGACACCCCCCACCAGGUGAACGGCAAGAUGCAGCCACGGCAGAAUGGCAACCACGUCCAGCCCGGAGAUGUUGUGUUGACCCACAGUCCUGGUCAGCCGCUGCACAUUAAAGUGACUCCUGACCACGGACACAACACAGCGACACUGGAGAUCACCAGUCCGACCACAGAAAACACCCCGUCUUUUACCAGCACUGCCGUCAUACCCACCAGUGGAGGUCCACCGAAACAGAGAAUCACCAUCAUCCAGAAUGCAUCCAUAUCCCCGACUGCAAAGUCCAUUUCCCCAACAACCAAAUCUAAGUGUUCCUCCAUGUCCGAUGAGCCGUGUUCCCCAGAUAGAGCCCUGUCGCCGUUCACCGUGGCUACAUACUCCAGAGCCAUGACCCCAGACUCUUGUGGCUCGGUAACACCAGACAGGGCAAUGUCACCCAUACAGAUAGUAUCGGUGACCACAGGUACACCUGACCGCUCUGUCUCCACGGAGCCGGUGGAGGUGGUCGGAGGCCACGCCGUCUUCAGAGUGACCCCUGAGAGGCAGAGCAGCUGGCAGGUCCAGAGGUCCAACAGCUCUGGGCCGAAUGUCAUCACCACAGAGGACAACAAAAUCCACAUUCACUUAGGGAGUCCGUUCAUCCAGAGCAUCAGCACUCCGACACAAACUCUGACUUCCUGCCACACACCUGGACUGCAGGAGCAAAGGACUCAGGUGCUGGCGAACUGCAGCCCUCCCACUGCUAAAGGCAACAGCAAAAUCACAAGUAGCAUCAUGAUUAAGCCCACCUCCACCCCAAUCCAAAGGCCAUCACAAAUUACAGUACCUCUCGAAGCAUUCCGACGUCCAGGACCCACCAGAAUCCCCAAACCGAAAGGCUACAGCUCCCAGAAAGGAGCGAACAGCACAGCAGCCAACCUGCAGAGCAAGAGUCAGCCGCCAAAUGUAGCCGCCGGCAAAGAGCCGCCAGCACAAAACAACAACAACAACCCAAACCUAGCCAACCGCAGACUGUGAUUUCACUGGUUGUUCUUCUCUGUCAGAAUGUCAUCUUACAGGAAACAGACACACUGACAGAUACUUCACACAUGGACAUAAAUAUCUAAGAUUCUCUCUUCAUCUUUUUAGAAACAACUCGUUCCACUUUUACCAAAUCUUCAUCUGUGGUGCUCAGAAGACUGCAAGUGUCCAUUGUGUCUGUUCAGUGUCGAAGCACUGGACUAAAACGGCAUUUUUAGAAAGUACUUAAAGUGUAGAUUCACUUAAUGAUUCAUGAAGUAAUGAUAGCGAAUGAUUGACCGUCACAGGUGUGUGUGAGGAUGUCACUGUGACCGAAAUAAACGCAGCAGAAGUGUAAUGUUAGAACAAUAAGUGUGCUUUACGGUCAAAAUUCAUGUUUAUUUGUAUUGUGAGUAUUUGUAUUGAUCUUUAAUGACUAUCUGUUGGGAGAUACAGAUAAAUCAAUCAUUUAUCCAUUUCUAGGGAUGGAACACAUGGAUACUUUUUAAAAAGUGGCAAUAAUGUACAUAAGUGUUGUAAUGCAGCUUAUUCAUAGUGAGAAACUCUAAAAUGUGACAUUUGUGUUAUUUUUGGUUAUCAAUAAAGACUUUUUAUACCUUGAA